UCUUCUUCUUCUUCAUCUUCAAAUUAUAUCUUUCAGUUAUGGAGGAAAAUCUGCCUCCUGGGUUCAGAUUUCACCCAACUGAUGAAGAACUCAUUUCAUAUUAUCUCACUCAAAAACUUUCUGAUUCUUCUUUCACCUCUAAAGCAAUUGGAAUUGUGGAUCUUAACAAGAAUGAACCUUGGGAUCUCCCAGCAAAAGCUACGAUGGGAGAGAAAGAAUGGUACUUUUUUAGCUUGCGAGAUCGAAAAUACCCAACCGGGCUCCGGACCAAUCGAGCGACAGAGGCGGGUUAUUGGAAGACGACAGGAAAAGACAAGGAAAUCUUUGGCACUGGUCAUGUUUUGGUUGGAAUGAAAAAAACUCUUGUGUUUUACAAGGGAAGAGCUCCUAGGGGUGAGAAAAGCAAUUGGGUUAUGCACGAAUACCGCCAACAAAAUAAUCAUUUCUUCAAACCCUCUAAGGAAGAAUGGGUAGUUUGCAGGGUAUUUCAGAAGCAAAAUACACCCAAAAAACCACAACAAUCAUCAUCCUCUCAACCUUCCCCCUCAUCUCCUUGUGAUACAAACUCAAUUGUGAAUGAAUAUGGUGACAUUGAAUUAUCAAACUUCAACAAUAAUAACAACACAUCAUCAUCUGGUAAUAAUUUCACCAAUAAUAUUAUUUCUUCUCAAACAUAUGAAAACAACAACAUGAUCAAUAAUAAUAAUAAUAAUAUGAUGAAUAUGAACUUGAACUUGAAUAAUUGGGCUUCACCAACCAAUUAUGAUCAUCAAACCCUAAUUCCUUCACUUUCAUGGCCACUUAAUUCCAAUCUUCUAAGUUCAAAUAAUCUUUCUAUGAAUUCUCUUCUUCUCAAGGCAUUGCAACUUAGAACCUUUCAACAACAAAGGGAUCAUAAUGUUUUGGCUUCUUCUUCUUCUACUACUUUUAAUAAUAUUAAUCAUGAUCAAGCCAAUACUAUUCAUUCUCAAUUUGGAACAACCACUGACCAUUUGAGCUUCCAACCUUCUUCCUCCUCUAAAGUUUUUGAGCCUUCAUCACAACAACAACAACAACAGGAGCAACCAUUGAAUUUGGACUCCCUAUGGUGAAAAUUUCCCCACACAACUUUGUUCCAAUUAAUGUGUAUGUGAGAUGUAAUGUGACUAACCCAACCCUCUUCUUAAAACUUUGUAAUAUGUCAGUUUUUCAA